AGUCUCGCCCCGCCCGGGCUCUGCGGCGUCGGCGGGGUGGCCUUUAAACAGCCGCCGGUGCAGGACAGGAGAGCUGGAACAUUUCAUCAGCGCCGCUGCCGGGGCGGCCGGGCCGGCGAGAGCAGCGGUCAGGAAGGGCACACAGACCGGGCCUGCAGGACGGGCUGCGGGUCCCGACAGCGGCGGGGACGGUAGCGGGACAUGUCGAGCGGCGGGGGAGCCAGACCGAUCGACCGGCCGCUUUUCAAUUCGCCCCCUCUACUUCCUCACCUCUUGAACCCUCCUCACCCUCCCUCCGCCUCCUUCCUCAAAUCCCCUUACCCUCCCUCAACAACCCCUUAACCUCCUGAGUCUUCUUCUCAACUCCUUAAUCCUGCAUCUUCACAGUUCCCUUCCCAUUUCUCCUCCCAUCUCUCACUCUCCCUCCACCUCCGGCGCCGCCCCCGCCCCCUUCCUCACCCUCACACUCCCCCCGUUCGCCCCCUUCUCCCCUUCACCGCAUGCCCCCUCUCUCCUUCCCCUUUCUACCUCCUCCCCUCCUCUCACGCUCUCUCCCCUCCCCGACCAGCCAUGGCGGCGGGCGUAUCCACGUGGCUGCCCUUUGCCCGGGCCGCCGCCGUCGGCUGGCUACCCCUGGCCCGGGCUCCCAUGCCCCGAGCCCCGCCGGCUCCCUCCACCUCGUCGCCGGCCGGCUCCUCGCCCUCCAAGCGCGGCGACGAGCUGCUGGUGGUGAACGUGAGCGGCCGCCGCUUCCAGACGUGGAAGGCCACCCUGGAGCGCUACCCGGACACACUGCUGGGCAGCAGCGAGAAGGAGUUCUUCUACAGCGAGGACACCCGCGAAUACUUCUUCGACCGGGACGCCGAGCUCUUCCGCCACAUCCUCAACUUCUACCGCACCGGCCGCCUCCACUACCCGCGCCACGAGUGCCUCGCCGCCUUCGACCACGAGCUCGCCUUCUUCGGCCUGGUUCCCGAGCUGAUCGGCGACUGUUGCCUGGAGGAGUACCGGGAUAGGAGGAAGGAGAGCGCCGAGCGGCUGGCCGACGACGCCGAGGAGGGCGGAGGAGGCGGAGGGGAGGGCGCCGGCGACGCGGGAGGCACCGGCCGCCAGCGGCUGUGGCGCGCCUUCGAGAACCCGCACACCAGCACAGUGGCCCUGGUUUUCUACUACGUGACGGGUUUCUUCAUCGCCGUGUCGGUGGUGGCCAACGUGGUGGAGACGGUGCCGUGCCGGGCGCCGGCCGGCCAGAGCGGCCAGCUGCCGUGCGGGGAGCGCUUCAGCUUGGCUUUCGUCUGCAUGGACACGGCGUGCGUGCUCAUCUUCACCUGCGAGUACCUGCUCCGGCUGUUCGCCGCCCCCUGCCGCUGGCGCUUCGCCCGCAGCGUCAUGAGCCUGAUCGACGUGGUGGCCAUUCUGCCCUACUACAUCGGGCUGCUGGUCCCCGCCAACGAGGACGUGAGCGGCGCCUUCGUUACCCUGCGGGUCUUCCGCGUGUUCCGCAUCUUCAAGUUCUCCCGCCACUCGCAGGGGCUCCGCAUCCUGGGCUACACCCUGCGGAGCUGUGCCUCCGAGCUCGGCUUCCUGCUCUUCUCGCUCACCAUGGCCAUCGUCAUCUUCGCCACCGUCAUGUUCUACGCCGAGAAGGGCACGGCCGGCACCAACUUUACCAGCAUCCCGGCCGCCUUCUGGUACACCAUCGUCACCAUGACUACGCUGGGAUACGGAGACAUGGUUCCCAACACGAUUGCCGGAAAGAUCUUUGGCUCCAUCUGCUCGCUGAGCGGUGUGCUGGUCAUCGCACUGCCUGUUCCGGUCAUCGUCUCCAACUUCAGUCGCAUCUACCACCAGAACCAGCGGGCCGAUAAAAUGAAGGCACAAAAGAAACUCCGGCUGGCCAGAAUCCGUCUCGCAAAAUCAGGGACCACUAACGCCUACCUGAAGUACAAGGAAAACGGAGGGCUGGAUCCGGACCUAGACUCGGACACCCACGCUCUCCUGGCCCGUAAGAUCUCUAUCUUUGAACAACAGCAUCACCACCUCCUGCACUGCCUGGAGCGGACCACGAGCCACGAAUUCACGGAUGAGCGAACCUAUGCCCAGACCUGCCUGUCAGACUCCUCGGCGUCCCGGGGCAGUCGGAGCACCUCCCUGUCCUCCCCCCACCGUGGCCGGAGGGGGGCGUGCUGCUGCCCCCUCUUCCCCAAGCGGCGACUGUCGCGCCUGGGGAGCUCCAGCACAUCCGUCAGCCGGGCCGCCAGCACCCAGGGGCUCAGCACCAUCCUGGCCCUCGGCUCCCGCCGGCACGACACCUCUCACAGCCGCUCCAGUCUCAACACCAAGCUGCCCAGCGCGGUGAAACUGAACUGCUUCCCGUCGGACCUGGCCGGCACCACGGUGGGGCUGCCAUCGCCACUGGCUGACACCCCCGAGGAGAGCCCGCCGGGAUCGCCGGACCUGCUCCGUAACUCCAGGCUGACGGCCGCCUACAGCCGGGACGCGGUCCGCAUCUCCUCGCUCUAGCGGGCGGGCUGAGACGGGGGGUGCGGGGGCUGCCGUCGCCCCCGGACACUGAACGAGCUUGAACGGACUUGGCGUGGCGUCGCCUCCGGGGAUCCCGGAGAUGGUCACGGCGGAUACGGGCGGGUAGACAGCCCCAACCUGUACCGUCCGGCACAACAGCAGCAACUCUACUUAAUCAUGAACUGCCUUUGCAUGAAUCCGCUGGGACCCGGGACAUCCGAGUGCGGGAUCCUGUUCCGGAGAGUGUACUCGGUAACCACCCACAGGGGGACAGGUGGGAGAUCUCACCCACGCUGUCUGCUCUUUGCUGGGGGUGGGGUGGGGAGCACAAUAUUAACGGCUGCUCACUGCACAGGGAUGGGUGUGAGUGUGUGUGUGUCGGUGAGAGAGAGAGUGUGUGUGUGUGCGUGUGUGUGUGAGUGUAUGUGGAUGUGAGUGUCUGUGUGUGUGUGGAUGUGAGAGAGUGUGUGUGUCUGAGCGAGUGUGUGCGUGUGUGGGUGUGGGUGUGUGUAUGUGUCUGUGAGUGUGUGUAUGUGUGUCUGAGUGUGUAUGUGAGAGAGUGCCUGUCUGUGUGUGUGUGGGUAUGUGGGUGUGAGAGAGAGUGUGUGUGAGAGAGUGUCUGUGUGGGUGUAUGUCUGUGUGUGUGUGUGUGUGUGUGUGUGUGUGUGUGUGUGUAUGUGUGAGAGUGUCUGUGUCUGUAUGUCUGUGUGUGUGUGUGAGAGUGUCUGUGUGGGUGUAUGUCUGUGUGUAUGUGUGUGUGUGUAUGUAUGUGGGUGUGAGAGAGAGUGUGUGUGUGUGUGUGUGUGUGUGUGUGUCUGUCUGUCUGUGUAUAUGUGGGCACUCCGGGUGUCUGCAGUGAGUGGUGAGGAGGGUCCGGCUGGGCACAGCUCGAUCCAAACUGACGAUGGUAGUGAAAGCAGAUCUGAUGGACCCAGCUCAUUAUACAUCCACCCCCUUCGCUCAUUCUCCCCCCUUCCACCUCAUCUCCUCACCCACCCUUCUCUCCCCUCUUCCUCCACCACCUCCCCUCCCCAACCUACCAACCCACCCCUCCUCCACCCCACCCACACCUCUCUCCCCCAACCAAUCAGUCGUCUUCCAGCAUGCACUUCAGGCUAAUGUAC